AUGAAAUCAUCAAUCACAUUCGUAUUCGUAGUAGCCAUCGGUUACGCCGUGGCCUACACUCCAUUGUACGACUCUGAUGGUUGGUACGGUGGUGGAGGUGGUGGUGGUGGUGGAGGUGGUGGUGGAGGUGGCGGUGGCGGUGGCUAUGGUGGUUGCAGUGGUGGUGACUGUGACAUUUAUGGUGGCGAUGGCGGCUAUGGAGGAGGUUGCAGUGGAGGUGACUGCGGGUACGGCGGAGGUGGUGGUGGUGGUGGCGGUGGCGGUUGUAGUGGUGACGAUUGUGGUGGUUACGGUGGUACUUAUAAUGGUGGAUGCAGUGGUGGAUCUUGUGGAGGAGGCAGUGGCAGGUACAACAGCGGUGGAAAGGGGAGGGGUAAGGGAAAAGGUGGCAGAAAUGGCAAAGGCAAUAACAGAUACACCUCAUAUCCAAUCCCUUUCUAA